UCAAAAUAGUCUUGAGUGUCAUGUGACUGAAGGGGGGAGGUCUUAGGGGAGACCACUCUGAAGACAUACCUUUGCAGGUAACACUUUCUACUGAGCUCCAGGAGGAGGCAUCACAUUGGGAUUUUACCUCAUCCGAGGUCAUUCCCGUGGACAUGUUCAGCCCGGGGCAACUGGUUUCUGCUUUUCUUCCUGCAGUUUUUCACUCACCUGCACCUCACUUUUUCCCCGCGUUUCCGCCCAGACUGGCCUCUCCGGCUCAAAUCUUGAUCCCGGGGCCUUUUAUCAGCUACAACUCCCUGAGGACGUAUCUGCAGCCAGAGCCGUGUAAGGAAGCUCUGCUCUUGGCCUCCCAGUCAGCCCGGAUAAGGCCUCUAACAGGAAGCUCAGAUGAACACAGGCCGGUGAAGCAGCGGCGCGCACGAGCCAACUACAGCAGCUGGCAGCUGGAGGAGCUGGAGAAGGCGUUCGAGACCACCCACUACCCGGACAUCUUCAUGAGAGAGGCCCUGGCCCUGCGGCUGGAUCUGAUCGAGGCCAGAGUGCAGGUUUGGUUUCAAAACCGUCGCGCCAAAAUGAGGCGGCAGCUGAAACUGCAGGGACAGCUGGACCGUCACCCCCUGAAGAGAGACCAGGAAGAAGCUCCUGAGAAUCUUCACACACCUCUAAGACAGACUGAAACGUGGGACAGCGAGAGCUGGGAGAGACAACAGGAAGGACUCGGCUACACGUGGACUGAGGCUCCAGCUGCAGUGCUGAGCGUGUGCAAGCAGCCGGUGACCCGGAGGCCUGGGAAGUGGGAGAGGCCGGCGGGGCCGGAGGGGCCGGGGAGGCUGAGCUCAGAGGAGCUCCGCUCCUGCAGCAUCGCCAAGCUGAGAGCCAAAGCCAGAGAGCACGAGGCCGAGCUCAACGGCACCGUAAACAUGUCAGUUGGUGACUUACAGUCACAAACGCAGGAAACUGACGCCAUGCUCAGUGACUGAUCAUUUUCCUUCUUCCUGUUUUCACCAAAAAUGAUAACAAAAACUUUCUUAAAGGAGGAUUAGAGAAAUCAUGUGUUAAACUUUUCUCACCUGAACGUUUUCCUUUCAUAAAAGGAAAGGUCAAAUCUCUAAAAUGUACUUUUCUCAUGUAUUACUGCUUCCACUCAAAACAAGAAGCUUCUUUUUGCUGCAAAACUCUUUGUGCUUCAGUUAAACUUGUAUUUUUUUUCCAUCCAGAUGUUAUCUUUUGAGCCUGACUGAUGUUUAGUGCAAGAAGUUCAUCAGAUAAAUGUGACAAAUGACAACUGUUGACCUUUUGGGGGGCACUGCUAAAAUGGGAUACAGUCUAAAUAAUUUCAGCGAUGACAUCCCAGACUCUUGGGUUACCAUGACUCACAGGCAGGAUGUCUGCGUGCAGCCACACGUCCUCACAGGAAACAAUGGAAAGGAAACACAAAGGAAAUUAGAAAUACGACUUUGUUAUACAUACAAUAUUUUUAUAUAUAAAAAUAGACGGGGUGGAGAGUCAUUUAUUAUAAACAGUGCAUAAAAUAAUUUGCUAAAAUUGUAAAUCAGUUCAAAUUUUUUUUUUGGUUUAUGAAAUAAGUAAAAAAAAAAAAAAUUCCCAACAAAAAGUCAAUGCACUGACACUGCCCCCUUCUGGUCAUACAGGAAGAAAAGUGGAUUUUCUGCAUUUUUACAAUGUUAUUGUAAAUAAUUUUAACACGAAUUUUAUAAAAAAAU